CACGGCAYGAGUUCUCACCUUUCGCAGGAUCGUGAAAGGAAAUUCACAGAGCAGCAGAAACCGUUCGUACCAUUUCAGCUCUCCGUCCUCGCCCAGCGAUAUCUGGAACCACAGAUUGGCCAGCUCCUCCGAAAUUUCUUCUUUGCCAUCGCACCAGGCACCGUUCCAGUUGUAGGAGGGUAUGCCCGGCGAUCCGGCCCCGACGCAAACGCGAUCGAUGUGGUCUUCGACCAGCGUAUACACUCCCCCCUGGUCGUGGGUGUCCACUUCUAGGUUCCGCGAGGGAGCAGCAGCGUGGGGGGUGUGGUGGUGGUUCCCACCCAGGAUGCCGUGCUGGCCGUGCAGGACGAUGGGCUCCUCGUUGACGCCCGCAUCCGAUGCAUUGGUGAUGGUGACGGACGGCGUCGUAGUGGUGGCUGCGUUGACGGGUUCCACGAGUUCCUGUUGCGUUUCUAGAACGGGAUUUUCGGUUGCGUUGGGAGCCGCCAUCGUGACGCACGCAUUGUCGUAGUUGCUGAUGCUGGUCACUAUCCGCAUAAAGGCAUUGGGGGGAGGCCCGGGGAUCACGGGGGUUCCGUCCCCGUGUUCGGCAUCGCUGAUCGCGGCAGAAAUGGCCUCCAUUCGGGGCAGGACCACCGCUCGGUGAUAGACGUCGGCCGCCAGAACCGAGGCAACGAAAAAUCCAUACAAUCCAAAAAAGAAGGUUGUGUCUCCCCUUGUGACAACCCCUGCCGACAGGUUGUUCCACACAACCACAACGGUAACCACCAGCGCCAUGAUAUCGCGGAUCAAUGCCCCCCUGCACUUGACACCGCCCGCUACGAGGACCACAAUACCGCUCACGACACCCCCUACCAGCAUGGCGGCCCCGGUCAGCGCACCCAGGCUGAGUUUGUAUCCGUUUUCUUCGUCGCUGAUGAUGGCCGACAUAGUGGCCGAGACAUCCGCCGCACCGUUGCCGAGUGCCAGUAGAGUUACACCUGCAAACCUGGGCGGAAGUCCCAGCUUGAGCGAGAACAUUUCCAGGCUGCAGGAAAAGAAAUCUUCGGCCGUGCUUCCCAGCAGCCGAAAAAGGGUGACCAUCCAGACGACAAUGAGCGGGCUGAGGACCSCAAAGGCGGCGUUAAUGCUCAGCUUCGACGAACAAAAGACCCAGGGAGCCCAGACUCCCUCGCCAUCGUUGCAUGUCUUCGCAAAACUGCAGAGGUCUUCGGCGUCGGAAACCGUAUCGUAGAUAUAUUGGCACGAGUAGGCGCUGUAAUCACCAUUAUCGUUGGCACUGCUGCUGCUGCCAUCGUCGGAGGCAUCUUCCAACCACCGAGCAGUGGAUCCGAAACUAAGGCCAUCUCCGCUAGAAUGAUCACUAGGGGCGCCGCCAAAUAAAGCGGAAAGCACGCC